AUGAGGAUAUGUGGUGGUGGCAAGAGGACUUGCGACCAGGAAACUCGAUGGGUGGCCGUUGUUAUACUCGGGGUGUCCCCACCGCUAGGAGGGCCCACGCUUAACGAUGACGGAGGUCCGGGAUGGACUACUCCGGGGUGUUGUGCUCUCGUGAUGGGUUCGAGCUUACCGCGACCCAAUGUGGUGGCCGAAGAAGAGACCCCGCAGGUCCGGUAUCAAGGGGAAGCUGAGGUAACGGAACCGCUGCCUGGAUCUUUCGUGGGCCCCUAUUCGGUAGGCCCCUAUUCGGUUGGAGGUCGCCCUGCAUCUGUGGUGGUACCAUGGACUGGGCCGGACAUAGUGGAUCGAGUGUUGCGUGAUUGUCUAGACAAAGAGAAACAUCUCAAACCAGUGCUCACUACGUUCCAGGGACAGAGGGUGGUGAGGAUGGCUACAACCGCUUUGGAGAACGCACUCGAGACCGCGCUGAGCGACAGUAACAGCACGAUUGACAUGCCGAUUUCUGAUUUCGAUUUCUGUUCGUGGCGAUGGCUCAAACUGGCAUUGUUAAUGUGUGAGUUACAAGACAAAAAUGACUUAACCGAAUGGGCUGAAAGGUUCGAGCAUUUUGUGCCGAGACCGAUUAGUGGUCUGUCUGAUGUCUGGUAUAUUGCGGGACUCGCACAGAAAUUCCUUGCAUCAGGAUCUUUAAGUCGCUGGUUGCGCACUCCUUCGUCGCAGAGUGGCUGGAGUUGUCAGAAAAUUGUUUUUCGCGUGUCCUUCCCAGAUGAUAUUGAUCGGUUACCUGAGACUGAUGAAUCUGUAAAGCGAGUUUGCGCAGGUUCAAAACUGGGCUGGUGGUUGACGGAGGCCAGACGACAUAUUCGUUUUAAGGAGGAAACAUGGUUGGUGGCGAAAUGGCCGAAGGAGCUUUUCGUUGUCCGAGAAGCUUUGGGGAAGAGUACAUUUGACGAAGUCAUGAAUGCAAUGCGGGUUCUAGUACCACCUCGGUCUCACUUGUCGAAUCUACAGUACCUUGCUUGCUUACUCAGGUACGUUGAGAUCAUUCCGCGAAAGCACAGGAAGCCUGUCGGAUACCGUCGUAAGCAAAGCCGUGGCCCGGAAGCCGCCCGCGAUCUUCGGCCUUCUUCGUCCUUGGCUGACGCCGGUAAAUCGUUUGAUGCCGAUAUGUCCGUUGAUGCCGAUAUGUCCGUUGAUGCCGAUAUGUCCGUUGAUGCCGAUAUGUCCGUUGAUGCCGAUAUGUCCGUUGAUGCCGAUAUGUCCGUUGAUGCCGAUAGGUUCGUUGAUGCCGAUAGGUCCGUUGAUGCCAAUAGGUCCGUUGCUGUUGAGAUGACCAGCUUUAUGACCCGUUUGCUUGAAGACUGUGUGAAGAGAGAGAGAAGCGGGGGAAUAGUGUUCACGGGAACGGAGAAGCUGUGCAUAGCGAAAUUAGGUCUGCAGCAAUAUCGGGCUGUGUUGUCCUUAAAAAGAAAGUCGGAUGAGCGGACUGGUCGCAAUCGGAGACCGAACCCUUUCAACUCGUGUGGGUGGCGAUGGUUGUGUGUCGUGGGAUUGAUGGAUGAGAAUUUGAAGACGGAUGAGGUUCACAAAUUAAUUGCGGACAGUGAGAAGUUAGUGCCUCGGCCGAAACACGUGUCGCCUUUGUGGUACUUGGCGUGUCGGAUGCAGUCAUGUGUGAAGGGAACGGACAUUGGUUCCGGGAUGAGCUGUUGGCUGGGAGCACCUCCCCCGUGGUGGGCUUUCGAUACCAAGAUUUACCGCGAUCACUUCCCCCAAACGUUUGGCGAGCUACCGAUGUCUGAGACAUCCAUCCGUUUCAUCGCCUUCGGUUCCAGAGCCACUCAUUGGAUUGCGUCCGGGAUCCGCCACUUCCGAUUGUCUAGUAGAACAUGGUCGCCUACCACAAAUAGCGACGUGGUGGAUGUGUUCCACACAGUACUAGGAGACCAUUGGUUCAACGAAAUGAUCAAUUUGGUCAAACCCAAAAUCGCCGCCAUUGCACCCACUGAGGCCCCGCAAAGAAUGUACAAACUACCGUACAAACUAUCACACAAAUCCAUCAUGGAAAUCGUGCUCAGAUACGCAGGAGUCCGUCGGAUCACCUGCCAUAGGUUCUGUAAAUCUUGGCAAUUUGACGUGACUCGGGAUCCCAGAAAAUCUAAUUAUGAGACAACAGAAAAAAAGGACUCAUGUGAGGACGAACAACCGCCGAAAAAAUUGUGCAGUGAAGUGCAGCACCCCAACGCUCCAAUACAAACCACCACAUAG